AGGACCGGUAAAGGGCAUGCGUAGUACGGUUUGCUUGGCGAUGGAUCGGGCAGAGAGCGGGGUGAUAGCAACAACACCACCGAUAACUUGUAACAUGGAGGAGAGGUUGAGCCAAGCCAGCAGCCUUGGAAGUGGGACCCACUUGUCCAGCGUGAGUGGGUUCUCACUGGGAGAGGUGAUUGUUCAGCGAGCUAAGCAGGGUUGUGAGUUAUGGCCCCAGCUUCAGUCAGAAGCUGGUACCGGGGGAGUGGCUUCAGCCUCAGCAUCCCCUCUGCUUUUGGGAGGCACAGACCGAACACAGACCCUUGAGGAGUUCCCUACUAUGGAGGAAGGAACAAUCACCAUUACCGAAGAACUGGGGAGUCCGUACAGCGAACUUGGACCGUUCCAAACCCUGCAAACGUUUGAGCUGCAGAAAAGUGAUCUGUCCCCCACCUUAGCACUUGUUACCACCUGUUCCGUGGAAGGUGAUAUGUCUGAAUCCUUCCAUCGCUCUCCACUGGAAUUUGCCCCUCUGAGGCCUGCUCCUGAUCUGUCUGGAGUAUCACAUGAGGGAUGUCCAGGAGCAUUCCGGGCCAACAACUUGUUACAGCCGCUUGUUUCAGCGGUAUCUUCAGGCCACGUGAAGGGUAGCCCUUCUCCUUCUUGUGAAGAGCAGACAGCCCGGCAUGGCAGCGAUGCCUGGAUCCUGUCCCAGUGCCCACUCAAGUCCCCCACCCCUGGUUCAGAGGCUACAGAGGAUGAGGACGUGUCUCACACAGAUAGCUACAUCCAGGACCAGCGCUUCAUGGAGCUUCCGUCCCUCCCUUUGGGGCGCGAGUCGUAUCGCGUUCCCUUUCUUGACUGCGGGCCGUUGCUGGCGCAGGAGGUGCCCACACAUCCAUUAUCAGAGCAGCUGGAUCUGCUCGGUCACUCUGGGAUGCAAGCUUCAGGGGUUCAUUCCAAUCAGAACAGUGGCCCGCCGAGGCUAGGGGCAAUUACCCGUGGCUCCAUGGCCCCUGGGGUGGAUGGAUGGAGGGACACCGACCAGCAGUGUUCCAAUGCAGAGGAUGGGCAGGCCUCACUGCAGCCUCUGCAGAAUCAGAGGGAUCCGGAGAUCUCUUACCAGCAUCAGCCGGGAGGCGAGGCUGCUCAACCAUCUUGUCCUAAUGGAAGCCAUGAACCGUCCUCUGCUGGGGGACCAGAUGCGUCAGGCAGCGGCGGUACCACGGGAACCAGGCUAGUAACUUCCAUCACGAAUUCCCACACUCCCAACAAUGACAAGGUUGAUACUGCUAUCAAGGUUUUGCCCAACAGAGGCAGCAAGGAGCAGGAGAGCCAGUUGUCUCCUGUGGUCUGCCUACUGAGCUGCACCAAUUCGUUUCUUACCCCUACCAUGGCAGCCCCCCUCUGUCAGUCCACACCAACCAGCUACCCCUCGGGCCAGGGCAGGCAAGCAGUGGGUCACCAGCCUGAAUCUGCUGGCCCCCUUGGUUUCCUGUCGGCACCAUCCUGUGAGGAGCUGAAGUCUCACUGCGCCAGCCGGGAGCCUGUGCCUCCUGGCACUUGGCAGUCUUCCCCAGCUGCCACACUGUCCCUGCCUCCCCUGGGCUACUUGGAGAAGGCAAGAGCCUCAAACCCAGGGAUGCCUCUUAGCUUCGAUAGCUUGGUGCUCCGUGGCCUGAGGGGGGUGUCUCCCCGUCAGCGAGCUUACAGUGCCAUUGCCGACUCCCUCAAUCACGUGCUGGCCCGGAGCAGUGGGGGACAGGACCUGGGACGCUCGCCCAAGAGGAACAUCGCAGUGGCCUUUGGAGCUGGGCCGGGAUCCGUCCAGACUGCUGGUGGGACCGGUGGCUGCUCGCACGCAGGCAUCAGGAGCGACAGCCCAGACCGCACCUCAUUCUGCAAACCUGACCCCUCUCCUUGCCCCCCAAAGGAUGUUGGAAACUGCAGCGUUGACUCAUUGGGGUCAGACAGUGCCAACAGUGAGGGUCUUCAGCCCGGCCACAGUGCAGCUGACCUCUUGCAACAGGAGGUCCUUCCAGAGCCCAGCUCCAGCAAAGGGCAGGAGGAGGACAGCCUGGAGCAGAACUCCGGUCUACCUGAGCACCGGAUACUCUCUCCCUUCCCAGAACCACUGAUCGCCGCUCACACCCACCAAUUCAAGACGACUUUCACAGAAGAUGGCAUGAAUCCUCAGGCUAGCUCCCUGGACACCAGCCAAGCUGGCGAGCGCACACUGACCACGUCCGGCCAUUCAUUGACCAGCCUGGAAGUGGACAACUACGUUCCCAUGUGGGCGCCAUCAUCAUUGACUACCGAAAUCAACCACUUCAACAUCGAUGACCGAAUUCCGGUUUACCUCCGGAAUCUGGGAAUUGACCAGUCUCCCACCAGCAUACUGGGAUCUAGAGGGCUUUUGAAGGAGGUUGAAUUCAGUGCCUCUGAACAGAAAGUUCUGCAAGAACCAGGGUUGGAAAGAUUUUCGGUUUCAGAAGAAGUCUCUGCAAAGGAUCGUGAUUCUGUCUGCACUUUCUAUUCGGAUGUCCUGACCCACAGCACUUCCAUUACCUUGGGCGUGGAGACAGGCCGGAAUACUCCCAGUCCGGGCGGGCCAUCACUGGGGGUGGCUGAGAUGAAGGGGCUGGAACCAGUUGUUAGCCCAUGCCCCUCCGGCUCCAACGACAGCAGCACCUGGCGCCCAGUUCAGGCUCUGUUUCUCCCAAAGGCCUCCCUCAACCAAUUGGACAAUGCUGCUGCCAGUUCUCUGCUGCUCUACUCCUCGCCCGGCAGCAGGGGGGUGCUCGCUGCUCCUGUCGCAGAUCCGGGUGGGAUAGAGACCCCCCUGCCUAGUCCAGGGGGCUGCCGAACCUACCAUCUCCCCUGCAACCGCAUGCCUCGGCGUGAUGACUCCUUCAUCGGGUCGAAGACACUGAGUGAGAUCCGCAGGCUGCUGAGUGGGGAGAAGAUGACGAAUUCUGGCCAGGACGAGGCCAUGGUGCUGGGGUAUGAUGAGAAAGAGGAGCCCCUCUGUCAGUGGGACCAGUCUGAGCCCCUGACCCAGUGGCCGGAGGCUGAAGUGGGGGCUGUCCGCGUACACCCUCCCACUGGCGGUAAUCCCAAAGGUACCAUCUCUUCAUUGCUGAUGGAGAUAGAGCCUGUCUCCGUGAGACGCUCAAGCAGGGUUGAGCCUGAGGGCUGCAGUGGGGCAAACCUGGGCCGUGUGGUGCCCAGACUAGAUCCAGGGCACCAUACCACAGACUCCUCCCAACUCACCACCACUACCUCCCUUGGUCAGGCAGUUCCUUGCCUCCCCGGCCAGCCCAGCAGAGCCUGGGCACCCACUAGCAACACUGAGUUGGGCGAUUCGGUGGACAGCAGCCACGUGGACAUCCCUGAUGCCCGAGAGACCAACCCGCUGGCAGUAUGCCAUCCUGCAGCAUUGGCGAGGAACUUCAGCCCUGCUGUACAGACCAUGGACCCUACUAUACCAGGUGGUGAAGAAACAAAGAGAUCAGCUCAGCCUCUGGACCCACUCUCAAUGCUUGAUGAGGAAGACCGCAGAAAGAUUGAAGAAAUCAAAGCAGAGCUACUUCAGAAAGCAAAGACUUCCAUUGGCCUCCAGUGUACGUGGUCAGUGAAGGCUAAGGAUUCAUCACUGGCGUUGGACCCAGGCUGGCCUGCCUGUUCCCUCCCCACCUGCCUGCCCCUCAGCAGCACAAGAUCACAAAUCCACACCCAGGACUGGGGCCCAUUGGACAAGCAGUGGAACAUGGACAAGCUCCUGGGGACCUUCGGUGCAGGGUCUCCCCCAACUCCCAUUGCUGCCAUCACUAUCUGUUCCCGCAGGAAGACCCCUUCCUCAAGCCCCUCGCUUUCGGCGUCCCUCCUUAUGGCUCCAUCUGACCACGAGCAGCCCCCUGCCCACCUCCCUGAAGCCAAGGUCUCGGCCAUAGAGCCAGCUCAGUGCUCGGAGUCAACGGUCGAUAAUGAGGAGGGUCAAUUCCCACAGGAGGACAGGCUCAUUGCCAAGCCCAUUACAGUGAGACAGGACAUAGCAGAGGCAGCCGAGGGGCUCAAGGAUGGUGACUCCAUCUCAGCCCCUCUCCGCUCUCCCACCAGGACUGUGAUGUCCCACAUCAGGGUGACCCUGUCUCCUAACCGCACCAGGAGCCCCCUUUCUCCCUCAGGCAAGCCGCUUCUCCUGUCAGGAACGCAGCCGUCUCCAUCAGCUGAGCACUCCAUCCCUGGAACAGCCAGCCCCAGCCCACCCUAUCCACCAUUGCCCAUGCCCAUGCCUGCCAUUUGCCCUACCUUCCCAUCCUUGCCCGACCACUCCCCAGGAGCCAUGUUCCCUGGCACCGAGCAACCACUGGACCAGGUCAGUCCGGAAAUGAGGACUCUCACAGUACAGGGCAGCAGCAAGGUGGACGUGUCCACUCAAACGUCUGGACUGGCUUUCACCCCCCCAGCACGAUCUAUGCUCAGCCAGGCGGCAAGCCAGGACGUGGGAGUUUCGAGUGAGGGAACACCAUCCAUACCGGCUCCGGUGACUGGGGGAACCACUGAUGUCUCUGGCCAUGGCUUGACCAUAGAUGUUCCCCUGAUGUUGCCUUACAAACCCGCAGGCAGCUCCAAGCUGUUCUACGUGCCCAGCUCUGGAGCAAGGCAUAGGAUUGGCCUGAUGGAUUCCAAGAACAGUGGUGAAAUCUCCCAAACAGAUUUAAAUAAUGUACCUCCCCCAGGCCCCCAGUCCCAAGUACUACCAACAUCAGGAAGCCACAGAGCACUUGGCAAAGGAACAGAGCACUGGAACGGUAGGAAGACUAUAGCCUCAAAGGAGACCAGGAGCAAGGAGGAAAGAGAUCCCAGAUCUCACCGGAACCUGCACACCCAGCGAGCAGGGGGCUUGGAGAGCUCACCAAGGCAUGGGCCAGAAGAUGAGGGUACCCAGUACAGGGCGAGCCGCCACCCUAAGGAGAGGCAGCAAAUGGCAGGCAGCCGACACGCCCCACUCCAGCAUACCAAACGAGAGGCCUGGUUUGGACCCUGCCCCCUGGAGGGGCAGUCCGGGUUCUCGUACAAGGAGCGGGCAAAGGCAGCGGUGAAGAGUGCUUGGGAGCAGCCAGUACCUGUGGAUCGGCCCCGGGGCAGCGCUCUGGAUGAGCUGUGGGAGCACUUCCAGGAGCGGCAGCAGAGGCACUGGAGCCUGAACUCGAGCACAGCCAGCGAGUUGUCCCUGCUGCAGAGGCUCGAUCGCCUGGCGCAGCUCCUGCGGGAUCCCUGUUCUCUGGCUGCUGGCCGCCCACGCUCUCCUAGCAUCACUUCGAUGGCUGACAGUGUCCGAUUCCUGCACGACCCCGGCAGCUCAUCACCCAGGGUCCCAUCCACCGAAUCAGCCACCAGCGGCCCAUCGGACUCCAGCAGUGCAGCUUCGACCAUCGACACCGCCCGCCUGGUCAGGGCAUUCGGGCCCGAGCGUGUGCUGCCACUCAACGGUCUCUACGGCACCAUCCAGCGGCAGAGGGAGCGCUCAGCUCCGCGACGGGAGCGGCCGAGGAAGGGAGAGACUCGAUGCCCUGGGGCUCCUGGUACUCGCAAGGUCUCCGCCCCGCAGGCUCUUACUGUAUCCUCUAGCACUUCUGACUCAGUGGCCGGACGCAGAGGGUCAGCUUGGCUGCCCCACAGACCCUCUCGCCGGCUCCUCUCCAAGAAGGUUACUCGUCUGGUCGACCAGGGCGUGCAGGCAGGCUCUCUGGAGAUCGUCCCAGGUGCCACCAGGAGACAGACCCGUGACGUGGGGGUGACCUUCCCAUCGCCGGAUCCGGAUGUGACCCUGCAGCGAUUGACCAGGCCUGGGGACAGGAGGAAAGGUGUAUUCCAGACUGAGAUGAAACCUGGUAAAGACCACAGGACACCAGCUGUCGCCUGGUACAUACCUGCACAUGAGCUACAGGGGGACUGGAGGAAGGAGAAUACCAAUAAACCAUCGCUGAAUCGACCGGUGCAGGCGUGGGCCCAGUGGGGGCCUGUCCCCCAGCCGUGGAGGGAGCCGCUCCGACAAAGGCAUCUGCAGGAGCAGUGGGUCAGCAAGGAGGCACAGGACACCCGGCUCCCACCGCCAGCUCGAGAGGAUGGGGUUGGGGGCAAGUUCCUCUCCACUCUUGUUCCCCUCACGCUCAGGGAAGCCUUGACCAUGAACAAACCCUGGUUCAUCUCCCACUCACAAGAGCGUGUUCGUCGCCUUGCCUUGCUGGUGGAAGAGAGGAAGUUGCAGAGUGAACUACAGAGCGAGAGGGACAGAUUGUUCAACCAGCCCCCAUCGCGGGGCUUCCAGGAGUGGAGGAGCCAGCAUCCAGAUUACUCCAUUUUAUUCAAGAAGAAAAUUUCCAAGCAAGAAAUGUUGGAUCGUUCUAAGCGACUGUAUGAGCAGCUUCCCGAAGUGCUCAGGAAGAGAGAAGAAGAAAAACGGAAAACAGAGUAUCGGGCUAACCGCCUGAAAGCUCAGCUCUAUAAACAGAAAAUCACCAAUCGUGUUUUGGGCAAGAAGGUCUCGUGGCAGUGAUUGCUCAGCAACUCGUGCAUGAUGUCUGGACUUUCUCCUCUGUGCCAUUUUCUAAAAUGUAAAUAAAUCUUUAGUUAAAUAAAAAUACUCCCUUGUUUUAAUUUCACUCUACAAGAGCAGAGCAAACACACUCAUUGAACAUGAGGUUACUAUAUGAACUAACACUAGGGACACAAACACUCCUCCUCUCCCCCCCCCACCGAGGUCUGUUUCUGACCCUGGACCAGAACUCAGCUGCCUGAGAUUCUUUUUCCUUGGAGUAGAAAGCAGUGCCCCAGCAGGGUUUUGCUGGUGCCUUUGGGACAUGUCUUCCUGCAGCACUGAUUACAAAGGCUGCUGCUAACUGUACAGGU